AUGGCGGAACGGAUCAAGGAGGUGUGGGCGAACAACCUGGAGGAAGAGAUGUCGUACAUCCGGGCAGCGAUCGAGAAGUACCCGUUCGUGGCCAUGGACACGGAGUUCCCCGGCGUCGUCGCCCGCCCUAUCGGCUCCUUCCGCGGUUCAAGCGACUACCACUACCAGACCCUCCGGUGCAACGUCGACCUCUUGCGCAUCAUCCAGCUCGGCAUCACCCUCUGCGACGAGAACGGCGAAUUGGCACCGGGAGUGUGCACAUGGCAGUUCAACUUCCAGUUCAGCAUAAACGACGACAUGUACGCGCCCGAGUCGAUCGAGCUCCUCACCAAGUCCGGCAUCAAUUUCAAGCGUCAUGAGGAGUACGGGAUCUCGGUGGAAGAGUUCGGCGAGCUGUUGAUCUCGUCGGGACUGGUGCUGCUUGACGAGGUGCAGUGGGUGUCGUUCCACAGCGGCUACGACUUCGGAUACCUGCUGAAAAUCGUCUCGUGCGCGCCUCUGCCACCGACCGAGACCGAAUUCUUUGAGCUGUUGCGGAUCUGGUUCCCCUGCAUCUGGGAUAUUAAGUACCUGAUGAAGAGCUGCAAGACGCUGAAGGGAGGGCUGCAGGAGGUCGCGGACGAUCUUGGCGUCUCGCGGAUAGGGCCGCAACAUCAGGCCGGAUCGGACAGCUUGCUCACCGCCGCGACGUUCUUCAAGAUGCGCGACAAGUUCUUCGAGAACAAGAUCGAGCCCAAGUUCAUGGGCGUUCUGUACGGCCUCAACUCGUCUUCCACCCCCGCCAACCCCGCCUACCCUCGAGAAUACAACGGCGCGGUGCACUACCCGAUCAACGUCGGCACACCCACACCUUCCGCCGCACCCUUAGCUGCAGCAGCCUCGUCCGCCAUCGCCAUCAUGUCGCCUUCACCGAAGCAACGACCAGCCGCGACCUGA